AUAAUUGAAAAAGAGGGAGACGGAUUGUAUAAAACCGCAAUGACAAACACUUUGAAGCAUUCAGUUUUGGCUCACCGGCCGAAUAAACAGACCACAAAGUAGCUUUAUCAAUUGCACCAACUUCUAUAGUUAAGUUUACUGAGAAAGACAUAGUUUGAACCAUGUAUAAGAAAUUGGCUCCAAUUUUUGGUCUCAUUACCAUUACGAAUGCAGUUUUGAUUGCAGAGAAAAAUGAUUGGGAGCAAUAUAAGGUAAAACACUCAAAGAGCUAUGCCAACGAUGAAGAGCACGAUCUUCGUAUGAACAUUUUUCUACAACACAGGAAGAAGAUCGCUGAGCACAACAAACGAUUUGAUGAAGGCCUUGUCACAUACGAAAUGGGUUUGAAUGGAUUCAGUGAUAUGACAUUCGAAGAGUUCUCAGGCAUUUAUCUUGGAUAUAAAUCGGCGGCAAACAUUAUCUUGGAAAAUGCGAACCGUAACUAUUUUGAAGGAUCCUACCAUUUCCAAGCUGAAGAAAGCGUUGACUGGAGAAAAAAACGAGCUGUAACUGAAGUGAAAUUUCAAGGAAUAUGUGGUGCAUGUUGGGCCUUUUCUGCUACUGGAGCCAUUGAGGGCCAAAAUAAAAUAAAGCGCAACAAAUUAGUGUCAUUGUCGGAGCAGAAUCUCGUCGAUUGCAGUUAUGAAUAUAAUAACACUGGAUGUGCUGGCGGAUUAAUGACUAGUGCCUUUCAAUACGUCCACGAUAAUGGCGGCAUUGACGAUGAAAAAUCGUAUCCAUUUGAAAGUGAAUACGACAUCGCAGAUUCACCGAAAAGACAAUGCCGAUACAACCCCAAAAACUCGGCUGCCACAGUUAGUGGUUACGUGAAUAUUAAGCAAGGCAGUGAACAGGAUUUGACAGAAGCAAUCACCAAAAUUGGCCCAAUCGCUGUUGGAAUCUAUGCGACCGAUUUAAUGCAGCAUUAUAGAAAAGGCCUUUACUAUGACAAAAACUGUACUUCAGAUUUAGAAUCUUUGAAUCAUGCGGUACUUGCUGUAGGCUAUGGCAAAGAUUCUGAUGGCAACAAAUAUUAUAUUGUCAAAAAUUCGUGGGGCACGGACUGGGGAGAGAAAGGUUUCAUUAGAAUGGCUCGUGACUGUAACGACCACUGCGGAAUUGCUCAAGAUGCCUCGUAUCCUAUCGUCAAAGCAAAAGAUGUGUCAUCAAGUAAAUCUCAUUCGAGACUAUCAUAGGGAUAGACACAACAUCUAUUGGCGGCAAAAUAACGAUCACCAUUGACACACUGCAUUGGCCAGUGUAUUAUACGCAGGCUUAUGCUGCCAUAAGAAUGUACAGAGCGAAUUAUAUAUUAAAAAAAUAAUAUUAUUAUUAUUCUUCAA